AGAAUCAGUGGGGUUUUCUUCUCAGAAGCAGUCAGUUUCCUGAGAGAAAGAAGAGAGAAAAGAGAAAGGGAGGGAGGGUAAGCAAAGAGGGAAGGAGAAAAUUGGAGGUGGGAGAGACAGACGGGGGAGGGGGAGCAGAAAGUGAGAGCACACUGGAGACUGAGCACAGAGGCAGAGAGAGGGAGACAGAGAGGAAGCCACAAAGCAGGAGGGUGUGCGGUGCAGAGCCAGAGCUUAGAGGGACCCGGUGAGGGCGGGUGCGAGCAGGGGGAAAGCCAGUGACCACAGGCGCCUGCAAUCCAGGAUUCCAGGGCACCACAGGAGUUCAGCGGCACACCGGGCGACUGGCCAAGAGGUGGUGCGGGGCUGGGGGUGAUCGCUCUUCCAGGUACUCGCAGGUGGUGAGGUGACCCAGAGUGUUUCUGCUCCCAGGUGCUUGCUCGCCUGGGAGGUGGAGCAGGGCGGCUCCGGGUGGCUGUGUCCCUAGGUGCUGGUCCAGGGGGUGGCGCGGGGCUCUGGGUUGCUGGACGCCGCCCUCAGGGUAGCCAUGGCGACAGGAGCCAGGGGUCGCUGGGCCACCGCGUCGCCGAGGGGCUGAGCCGGCAGUGGGCUGCGCCAUGGCGGCGCGGGGUUGCGGGCCCUGAGCGCCAGCUGCGGGCGCGCACCAUGAACUCGUGGGACGCGGGUCUGGCGGGGCUGCUGGUGGGCACGAUCGGCGUGUCGCUCCUGUCCAACGGGCUGGUGCUGCUCUGCCUCCUGCACAGCGCUGACAUCCGCCGCCAGGCGCCGGCGCUCUUCACCCUCAACCUUACCUGUGGCAACCUGCUGUGCACUGUGGUCAACAUGCCACUCACGCUGGCCGGCGUCGUAGCACAACGACAGCCGGCCGGGGACCGCCUGUGCCGCCUGGCUGCCUUCCUCGACACCUUCCUGGCUGCCAACUCAAUGCUCAGCAUGGCCGCACUCAGCAUCGACCGCUGGGUGGCCGUGGUCUUCCCGCUAAGCUACCGUGCCAAGAUGCGCCUCCGCGAUGCCGCGUUCAUGGUGGCCUACACGUGGCUGCAUGCUCUCAUCUUCCCGGCCACCGCUCUCGCCCUGUCCUGGCUCGGCUUCCACCAGCUGUAUGCCUCGUGUACGCUGUGCAGCCGGCGGCCGGAGGAGCGCCUGCGCUUUGCUGUCUUCACUAGCGCCUUCCAUGCGCUCAGCUUCCUGCUCUCCUUCAUCGUACUCUGCUUCACGUACCUCAAGGUGCUCAAGGUGGCCCGCUUCCACUGCAAGCGCAUCGACGUGAUCACCAUGCAGACGCUUGUGCUGUUGGUGGACAUCCACCCCAGCGUGAGGGAGCGAUGUCUGGAGGAGCAGAAGCGCAGGCGACAGCGUGCCACCAAAAAGAUCAGCACCUUCAUAGGGACCUUUCUCGUGUGCUUUGCCCCCUAUGUGAUUACCAGGCUGGUGGAACUCUUCUCCACAGCACCCAUUGGCUCCCACUGGGGUGUACUGUCCAAGUGCUUGGCCUACAGCAAGGCUGCGUCGGACCCCUUUGUAUACUCCUUGUUGCGACACCAAUACCGUAGGAGCUGCAAGGAGCUUCUGAACAGGAUCUUCCACAGACGCUCCAUCCACUCCCGCUCCGUGGGCCUCACAGGUGACUCGCACAGCCAUAAUAUUCUGCCAGUGUCAGAAUGAAGGACCGCUCUCCUGCUGGGGAGUUCAGAAUGAGGUGGACAGAGCAAAGGGCAGUGGUCUAGGACUCCUGGGUGAACAGUAACUGCCACCAUUGCCUGGUGAUUGCAGUGAUGUUGAUGUCUGAACAAGUCCUGGCGCCUGCUUCUUGGUCCUUCCAGGGGGGAUAUCAGACUGUCCCGUCACCAAAGGAUGGCCAUGGGCCACGUCCUGGUCGUUCUUUCUGGGAGUGUGUUUUGAGCACUUAGACUCACCAAAGGAUGGUAAGCUAGUCGCUGUCAAGGAUACAGAGUGCUGGUGGCAGGUGUAGGGCAUAGCACCCACCUGUUUGCUAACCACUGGUCAUGGGGCCCCAUGCUCCAAGGGACAUUUCAGUGAUGCUGAAUGCGAAGGUUGGCUGUGGCCAUCUGGCCCCAGAUCUAAUAUGGCAUCUCUUUCUCACUUGGUAGUGGUGGCUGCUGUAACCCAAAUAUUAUCUAGCUGGUGCCAACUACAUUAUGCUCAGCUGACACUCUUGGGCUCUGCACUCAGUGGGAAAGUGUUUAACAACCAGUUUGCUGCCUACCAGUUGUCUGAGGAAUGAUAAAUUGGAUUCAACUUUUGUCCCUCUUCCAUCAAACAAACUCAUGUUUGUGUGUAUUGACAAUCUUAGCAUGAAAGUGGUCUCAAUAGACAGGUAAUAGACAAUGUUAGAUUCUCCGAAAUCUGAGAAAGAAGUCACCUUCUUCUGAUCUGCAUGUCAUAGCUAUGAGAGUCCAAUAAAGCAGGAAGAAGGUAUCUGGUCUAUCCUACCUCCCCAGUUGGGAUCUGAGUUGGUAGGAAGCACUCCCUCUUAUCUUAGACAUCUUGCCCAUCAUAACCUAUGAGGUGGAUGUACAGGAGCUGACCUGAACAUGGAUGCAGCCUUAGUUUUCAAAUGCUGGGUACCAUUAUCCUGGUGGCUCAUUAGUCUCAUUCUGUAAUUCUGUCCUGAGAAAGCAGGGGCCGUCCAAGGUCACCACAAAAUUGCUUUGUGCCACUGAUGAGAGAGUGCAAUUAGUAUAGGAUGAUGUUCCCAUAAUAUACAUGCCAGUCCAUUGGGAGCCAUUGUCUUAGUCUCAUUAAAACAAAGAUAAGGAUUGGAGAAAUAGCUUAGCCAGUAAAGUGCUUACUGUGCAAGCAUGAGGCCCUGAGUCUGACCCCAAGAAUCUGCACCAAAAGAAAACUGGACAUGGUGGCAUGCACCUGUAAUCCUAACGCUGGAGAAGAGAGAGAGGUGGCUCCCCUGGACUCACUGGUCGGCCAAGACUUAGCUGAACUGGUGAGUUGCAUGUCAGAGAUGAACCUCAAAAACAAGCCAGGACAGGUUCCAAAACAAUACAGAGAAACCCUGUCUCAAAACCCCCCCAAAAUGUAGAUGGUGACUGAGAAGCAACACAUGAGGUUGACCUCUAGCUCCCACAUACCCACACCCACACCCACACCCACCCACACACCCACACCCACCCACACACACACACACACACACACCAACAAUGGCCAUGCCUUCUUCCCAUCUCAUCAUUUCAGAUUGAUUUGAGAAUGAUCCUUGCAGUUGUUUCUCAUCUCUAUAAAACCUCUAAGAGACUCUUCUGGGUGGAAAGGGUUGAGAGCUAUCAAACCAGUAUUUCUUUUCUUAUAAUUCUACACAUCCUAGUCUCGGAAGUACAGCAGGAACUAGCCACCAGGGACCAACCUGAAGAAUGUUGGUUUUCCCUGCCAGGCAGCCCCAGUAGUUAAAGGCAGAGAAAUGUCUGCUUGUCUAUUUGAAAAGAUGGCCUAUCAUUAACUCUUGGCAAUUCAUUUAGAAAACAACUCCACCAGGCCUAAUGUCAUCAGGCUUCAGAGUUUCCAUGGAGACAGCUUUAAUAUCUUCCCAUUGCUGGGAGAGGUAUGCUCCCACCUGCCUUGUUAGAGUAAAAGAACCUGGGGUCCAGAGGGAACUCCUUGGGAUACUUGUUUUAACUUUAUAGCCAUCUCUUCCCACCCAGUCAUCUGGGGGAGUUGGUGAGGUACACCCCUCCCUCCUGUGAUAAGGGAUGUCACAUGGUAACUUGAAAUUAGCCACAGUGGAAGUUUUUGUAAAUCAGGUCUCUCCUCCAGAGCUGGUUGUCACCCAUCUAGCAGCACCACACUGACACAUAUUUGUUUCUGGGAUAAAAAUGUCCUGGUUCAGAGUCCAUUUGGUCCCAUCUAGCCCAAAUCACAACAAUGACUUCUAUAGAUUUCCUAGUGAAGAGCAGCUGUAUCCACCCGGUGGUCCCAGAACUCAGAGUGCUAGGGGAGUUCAAAUCAAACCAGUGGCCAAGACAGCAUGCACAAAAUGAUCCCCCUUUUCACACAAAUACUGUUAAAGUUGGGCAACAUAAGAGUGGUGACCCAGAGGGUGAGGUCAGCAGACAAGCAAAGUCGAGUAGGGACAUCCACUUCUCCCACGUUGGUCUAGAGGGAGAGUCAUCCUACAAAUCCUUUCCCUGCUUGCUCUGUGUAGUCAACAUAUUGUACCCCGAGUUGCAAUGAGAUCGCUUUGUCCCUUCCCUAGCUAAGAAACAGGAACUGCCACCCACGAUACCACUUAUCCGGAAGGAUAUAUGCUGUAAUUUUCACUAUACCUCUAAAACUGCUUACCAUCUAAUAAAACCCGUUACACUGGCAUUGUGCCACUGACAAGAACCCCAGAUAAGCCCACUGAUGGAGAGUUUUCAUUAUCACUUAGACACAGGCUUGAAAACCCAAGGGAAGUGAGAAGGAAGUGCCUCCGUUGGCAAUGGUCACCAGCCAAUGCUGCGGCAAUCGCCUUCCCAUAAAUGUUUAUCAUGAGCCUGCACAUCUCUGAAACACACUCCCUGUGGUGAUCACAGUUCCCACUUGAGCAGUCUACCUCAUUCUGGUGAUUUAAUUAAUCAAAUGACAUGUGGUUUUCUCAGGUAUGAGGUAUAUAAAACAAGACUCCGUCCCCCAAGAUAGAAGGUCUCAGUGACUUGCUUGACUCCCACUGGUGUACAGACUCCUAUCCACUGCACCUGCACUGCCGCUGGGCAGGGGAAACCAUUCUGUGGAGCUCCAACUCCACUCAGAGGGCUCAGUUUAUAAUCUCUGCCCCAGUCUGCAUUUUCCUUGCAUCCCUUCUAGGAGGUCGGUAACUUGGAAACCUGGGGCCCUGGGAAUACAGGACGCUUGCAGAAUGAUGCAACAAUGGUGUCUGGGUGUCUGCAUUCAGUUAGGAGACAAGCAUGGCUUGGUGUUUCCUACUGUGUUUUCUUCCAGGGAUUAGCUCAGGCCUCCAACAUUCUGAGCAAUAAACCUCUUACCUUGUGCUUGUGAGAUAUGCUUUUUUUCAUGUGUCUCUCUCCUUGAGAGAAGGUAGACAGACUAAGACCAUGCCUGUGUACUGGUUGUCAUUCCUUGGAAGGAUUGGAUGUACAGGUAGUCAUCUGUGCUUAGCUGUUGGAUGAACCCCAGUGUUGUGUGUUGUCAGGAUUUGACCUUAACACAGGGUUAAGUAAGUUGCCUGAUUUUCUUGGGGUUAUUCUAUAAGGAGCCAGAAACCUCAUGGAUCAGCUUUUUUUCCUCCAGCCCAUGAACACCAUGGGAAAAGAUCUGGAGAUGGUGAGGUUCCCAUUGUCUUCCCAAUAUUCUGGGGAUCUUAAUGGAAACAGUAGUUAUUAAACUUCCCCAUCCCCAAGUGUCACCAAGGGAGGUGCUUUUAUAUGAACUCCUGAAUUCUCCAGAGGUGAAUUUAGGCAAGAUGGAAGGACUUGGGUUUCUAUGAUCUAUAUAUCAGUGUCCAGGCAGCUGACUCAGGUAAUCUUUCAACUCUGUCCUCAGCAGUGACAGCUCCUCUGCAGGGACACUACAGGAUUAGUAUUUUAGGUGUUGAGGAGCCCUUGUAAACCUGCAUUUUCAAGAAAUAUUGGGCCAUCAUCUCCAUGAGCAUCAGCAGCAUGAAGCAUUCCCCCAAGACCCAAGUAAGGCUUCUCAUUUCCUGAAGUGUUAGCACAUGGAGAUGUGCAGAGCCUUUUGUACAGGGGGAAGAACUCUGCAUCUCUCCGCAUCUCUCCUUUACUCCUACAGGCUCAGCAGAGAAGUCUGUAUGUGAGGAGCCUGCCUUGUAAGCCCCCAACCUUCCCUACCAGCACCUCCUUCAACCCAAGCUUUUCCUGCCUUUCUGCAGAAGAUACUGUGGGAUAACAGGUCUCAGCUCCUUCCCCAAGCACAGAGUGAAGCCUAGGAACUGGACUCUUUGGCCAGUCAGCUUCCAAGGGGGAAGGAGUCAUGGGUCCUGAGGAAUGGAAGUGAUUCUGGAUAUAGAGAGAACAGGCCUGGAGCUUAAAGUGGUUUCUAUCAGCCUGACCCAGACAUCAGAAGUCAGGGACUUUCAGUGCCAGAAGGCCAGAGAAUGGGUUUCUGCAAUGACAUGAUGAGUGGCUGGUGAGAAAGCUGGAUCUGACCAAGUGAUGUGGGAGUUCUCACCUGUCACCCCAUAGUUCUGUAAGCCAGAGCCUCCUGUGUCAUGCCCCCAGGGGAGAUGAGUAUUAAGGGUGUUGCUCAGCACUGUUAAUUAGAAGCCCUGGAAGACUUUGCAGAGGCAGUGGGCUCUGAACUGCUGCUACAGCAUGGGGUUGAGAUGUGGACUAGCCUGGUAAACAUUCAGUAGAGUAGGGCUUAGUGUGCAUUCAGAAACACUGUCCAGGGGGUGCUCAGAAGUGGGCAGUGCCUCCUGAGACACAAUGAAUGCCAUCUGUGACCAACAGGGUGGAUGUUCUUGAAGUAAGAACAAAGUUAGGAAAAGAUGAUAGGGGGAAAAAUCCAUAGAUAUUUAGCCAUCCAAAAAGAGAAGAACAAAAAAACAGAAGGAAAGAAAGGAAGAAAGGGAAUAGAAGAAUGGAGAUGGGAAAGGCGAAAGGAACUGCAUUCAAUUUGAAGGAUCUGUCAUUUAUUCAUUUUAAUUAAAUAUUUUAUCUACUCGCCACCUAGACCUUCCCUCCAGUUCCACCACCCCUCUUCUCACAUAAGUCUAACCACCCAACUUUAUGAACUCACUGAGUUCAAAUGGUGUUGCUGGUAUGUGUGGAAGUGUAGGACUGUCUACCAGAGCAUGGGCAGUCUACCCAGGGCCAGACGGUAGAAGAAAGCUGAUACUCCUCCAGCAGCCAUCACUGCUAAUAGCCCCCCAGCCAGAGAGUGGGGCUUUGUGAUCCCCUCCCUGACGACCCAUGUUGGGAUUUGACUAGCUUUGUCUUAUGCAGGUGAAUGCAGCCAUGGCCACCGUGAGUUCAUGUGUACUGUCAUGUCCAGGAGACAUCUUUUUGUUGCAGUCCUCCCAACCUCUGGCUCUGACCAUCUUUCUACUCCCUCUUCAAUGAUGGUCCCUGAGCAUAUCAGAGGAGUCAUCAUAUAGACGUCUGAGUACUCUGUGAGUUUCUUAUGUUCUGUAAUUUGGUCAGCUGUGGGUCUCUGUAUUAAGAUCCCAUUUUCUGCAAAAACAAAAUUCUCUGAGAAUUUUAUAUAAUGUAUUUUGACAAUAAUUCCCCUCAAUUCCUCUCCUUAACUUCUCCCAGUUCAACCCACACUCUCCUGCCUCCCCAAAUUUGUGUCCACUUAAAAAUUUUUUAAACCCAUCAACUCCAAUGUGGGCUGUUCAUAUCCUUCUGGGUGUGGAGACAACAUGCUUAAAAACUGACUCUCCCUCCUCCAGAAGCCAUCAACUGUCCAGACCUCCUGAGUUAGGGCUGAGGGCUCAUGGAUCCCUUACCAUUCCAUGCUAGAAUGUUUGCUAACUUGAUAUUGUGAGGCAGCCACAGCUGCUGAUAGAUUGAUGAGCACUGUAGUUCUCGCAUGUCUAGAAGACACAGCGAUUUUAGUCUGGUCCUCCCCAACUUCUGGUUCUCAAAUCUUUCUGUCCCAGUUUCCAUCACUAACCACCAUCCACUGCAUAAAGAAACUUCUCUGAUGAGGUCUACAAGCUUCACUAAUCUAUGAGCAGAAAAAUAUAAAUUUAGAGGGCAUAUUAAUACUGUCUCCAUUUAUCAAAAUAAUAGUACAAAUCUAUAAAAUAACUUUCACACACACAUAUCCAGAGCCUGUGAAUUCUCCAACCAUGGAUUCUUGGCCAGAUUUGCAGUACCAGGCACGUGUUUCCUCCUGUGUAGUAGGCAUUUGAUCCAACCAGAAAAAUGAUUGGUUACCCCAUAGCAUUUGUGACAUUAUUGUACCUGUGGGCAAAUCUUGCCUUGUUGGUCUUUGUUAUAGUUAUCAGUGCUCACAGAUGACUAAGACUGCAUAGCACCCUCCAGUACUAUGAGAGCUAACCAGCAAGGGAGAAAGCUUUUGGAAGUCAGUAUUGAUUUUACCACGUCCUGUGAAUAAUGUGUGUAGUGUUUUUGGCAACAGGGUCAUGUCAUCAAGUUUGGAUAUGCAACCAAGCCAACAUUCAUUCUUAAUGACAGUGUCCAUUUCUCUUUUUAUUUGUUUACUUAUUUAUUUGCUUACUUACUUACUACUAGUUUGCUUAUUUUUAAGACAGGUUGUCCCAGCUAGCCUUGAGCUCACCAUAUAUCUCAUACUGACCUCAAACUUGUGGUGUAUCUUAGAGAAAUUAGCAAUCCUCCUGCCUCAGCCUCCUGGGUGCUGAUAUUGCAGGCAUCAACCACCACCAGCUUCGAUUAAGUCUCAAGAAACCAAAUCCAGUCACAUUGUCCUAGGGUACCUCCUCUGAUGAUAUCCUGAGUGGGAACAAAUGUGUGUCACUCUAAGGGGGUGUUUCACAGUUAACAUCCAUGUAGGGUCUAAGGCGUACUGCUGCCAAUCCCCAGGGACAAAAGGAAGAAUUAACAUAGCAUAGUGUACAAUAACACAGCCAUGGUACAAAGGUUGUCCUCACACUUAUUAGGCAAGCCACACCCUCACCAUCUUUUGCAGGGGAGGUGAACAGUUCAUUCUUGAAAUGUGUCAUGUAAAUACAUACGUCACAUUUAAAGGCCAAAUGUGAAUCAAACCAAUAGCAGCAUAGCUCUGUUUUAUCAUCCACACUCACAUUUAAGGAUUUAUUUUAAAAAGAAAUUGAUAUUUUAGAGUCAAAGGCUUAUGUGUAUCCCUUGGAUAUGGAUGCUCUUAGGAACACUGAGACAUGGUAUUUUCCAUGUCCUCUCACACAUGUCCAGUAUGUCUGCAUAGUCACCAUCAGAUUACGGUGUGAUGGUUUCCAAGGGCCCAGAAUCUCUAUUUGGAGACAAGCAGUCUCAGACCUCAGUCACACUCCACAACACCCAAAGAGAACAGGUUUGGGAUACAGAGAAUCAGAGGCUAUCACAAUGACAUUCUUGCAAUGUGUCUGGGUGCCAAGAACCAGAUCAUAGUAAUUGCUCAGGCUGCCUAAAAAUCCCCAACACCUAAUCCCCAAAUACCCAGCCUCCCAUGGCCUUCCCUUGGCUCCUCUGUUGCCAAACCUCUUCUUGAAUUAUUAAUAGUAACCAACCCACCCUACUUGAGAAAGCUUCAAAUACCAAGCUUCCUUGCAAACUGAAAUGAUUCCAAACCUCAACCAUCCUUUUUUACAAGAAAUGUGUAAACACAAUAUCUCUUGGAACAUUGGGGGCGUUCAUAGGAUCUAGUGUCCUGCCAAAUUCAUCAGGGUCUCCUGCAGGAAACUCAAUUGCUCUGAGCUGCAAACAGCUCUCCCUUCCACCUGGGGCAAUUAGCUCGAUGUUGACUGGAUAGCAUUUUUUGCUUAGGCACCUCUGGGAGAAGGAAUUGAAACCUUCUGUCUAAAUACAGGUUGCUCAUUUGGUGAGUAUGCUCUUGGGUGGACAGAGCUCCCCCUCUGGUGCUGUGUCCUGUGUAGUGGAUGGGAAUGGACACCAUCAGCCAUGCCCAUCCUUCCUCCCCAAGGAAGCACAGCAGGUUCAUCUUGCCCAGUAUCCAGUAGAAGAAGCAUCACUUCCUGCAGGUGAGAGGAGAGGGAGUGAAAGGCCACUACUAGCAUGCCAUCCUGAAGGCUCCUGGGUACCAGGGCACCAAUGACCAAUUCUUUACACCCCUGUGUUUCCACAUAUUUCAUUUGUUUUUGCUAUCUGCAAAGGAAGGUGAGGAGGCUUGGGUCAUUCAUAGCUUGAGGCACCUACAAAGUGGCCAGUAGAUGACAUAAGGGUCCUCACAGCUGGGAAAUGUCAAGUGUGCCCAGUAGGGCUCAAGCUAGAAUCCUACAAGGAAAUGUACUUUAUAUCUUCACAUUUCAAGAAAACUAAGAUUUAGGAAAAUAUCAGGUAUUUCUUGCGACACUUGAUUGGUUUCUACAGUGUUGCAGUCCUCUCCAGGAGAUUUCUAGGAAAAUGAAUGGAAAUACAUGUGCUUGCAGAGUCAAUGCUCCCCCCACCAGUGUGCAUGCCCGUGAGAGAGCACUACAUAUGGCGGGAAUUCAACACAAACAACUGAACACUGAGCACCAGAUGAAGCAAAAGUUUAGCGUCUUAUGUCAUUGUAGUUUUAACUUUGCUUUCUAAUUUAAUGAACGAAACUGUGGCUCCAUUUAUUCUUAAAUAAAGUAUCACUACUCUCUCUCCCAAUGUGGCAACAUUUACCUUCCCUGUGACACACCUGCCAACAGCUGUAUUCUGCUGAAAUGGGACUGGAGAGAUUUGAAUUCAAGGCCAAUGCUGCCUGCUCUGUUUACAAUGGCUUGCGUUUUGUGAAUAUAUAUCAAAUGUUGUAAUAUAUUUUUAUGAUAGAAUUGAUGGUUAAUACAAGGGAAAUAUCUAUAUCUAUAUAUUGUGAUUCUGUCCAAUAAAAUUCCUGUUAUAAAAUCUCA